UUCUUGCUCUCCAAUGCAAUAACAAAAGCCUAAAUAAAAAAGCUACUCAUCAAAUCUUGUCUCUCCUCUCUCCAUCGCUACGCGAGGUCAGUACAUGAAUGGCGGCCAUGAAGCGCCUGUUGUUGAAGGCUUCACCUUUGUCAUCCUCAGCCAUCAAUUGCUUGAAGAGGUGUAUAUCCACAGCUGCUGUGUCUGAGACCGCGAAAUCCCCAUCCUACCCUCUCGGUUCUCUCCCUCCUCGCUCAGAUCCCAAGCUCAGGAAUGUCCAGUGGGUUUUCCUGGGCUGCCCUGGCGUCGGAAAAGGAAUUUCCGCUAGCCGCCUCUCUUCCCUCCUCGCCGUCCCUCACAUCGCCACCGGCGAUCUCGUCCGCGAAGAGCUCUCCUCCAAUGGCCCUCUCUCUCAUCAGCUUGCAGAGAUUGUAAACCAAGGGAAAUUGGUUUCAGAUGAGAUUAUAAUAAACUUGUUAUCUAAAAGACUUGAGGCUGGAGAAGCUAAAGGUGAAUCAGGAUUCAUUCUGGAUGGUUUUCCUCGAACAAUAAGACAAGCGGAAAUCUUGGAUGAGGUGACAGAUAUUGACUUGGUGGUUAAUCUAAAGCUCCCAGAAAGUGUACUGAUUGAGAAAUGCCUUGGGCGAAGGAUUUGCAGUGAGUGCGGGAAAAAUUUCAAUGUGGCCUCCAUUAAUGUCAAAGGUGAGAAUGGGAAUCCUGGAAUCAGCAUGGCUCCACUUCCUUCUCCCCCACAAUGUGUUUCAAAGCUCAUCACUCGGUCUGAUGAUACUGAAGCUGUAGUAAAGGAACGACUCCGCAUUUACAAUGAAAAGAGUCAACCUUUGGAAGAUUUCUACCGCAAUCAAGCAAAAUUGCUAGAGUUUGAUCUGCCUGGAGGCAUCCCAGAAUCAUGGCCAAAGUUGCUCGAAGCUCUUAAUCUUCUUGAUUACCACGAAGAGAAGCAGUCUGCUGCAGCAUAAAUUCUUGCUAAUUGCUUUACAAGUUUUCAUUCUUUGCAUGUAUAUGAUACAUGCCAAGCAAUUUUGCAGAAAGAAGACAAGGAGGUUUUAUUUUUAGUUUUUGACUUUCCGCAAGGAAAAUAAUAAAAACCUGAUAAUUACCCAGCCAUCCAUGUGAUCAUGGUAGCUGCCUAGCUGGGCUUUUGGAUUUUUAUUUCACCAAGAGGUUGUUGUACCGUAAUAUAUAUGAGAGAGAAAGAGGGAACAUUAAGAACUUGGAAUUUCUUACAUUUUGUUAUAUCAAGCAUUUUUCAUAAUUUUGAAAAAAAUUGUGAUAUGUUGGGGAACUAACUGGACUUGAGAUGUUCAGCUCUUUUUCUUAAUACUAUUUCUUUGGCUUUGGGCAA